ACGGAAUUGGGUAGAUCAGAGUCACAAUGAGAACGAGUGUCACCAUAAUUUUCGCUAGUUAGGGGGCACGCUGCUAAAACACGCGAGGUGCGGGGCAUGACAGCGCUGAUCAUUCAGCUGAAAAUAUUUCUUUUCAUCACCGCCGACAAAAUCUGCAACCAUCAUUAUCUAUCUCACUUAUAAUGGCUUUCGCAGUGGAAUCAGAGCCCUUCAAGUACAGAAGCCUUAUCGAACCGGACUCUUUUAGACUCAUUCUACUUGAGCCUUCCUCGUCACACACCGCUGACCUACGAUGCACUCUAUUUCACACUAGACUCUCUCAUUGCGACCGCGAUAUCAUUGAUCACUACACGGCGUUAUCGUACGUCUGGGGAGAUCCGACUCAAACUGGCUCAAUCUACGUUGAUGGGCAUCGCUUCACCAUAACAGCGACCUUGGAAGCUGCUCUUCGGGAUCUCCGGGAUCCGUCCCGAGUCUUGCGCAUCUGGGCUGAUGCUCUUUGCAUCGAACAAUCUAAUCUGGCAGAGCGAAGUAGCCAAGUUGGACUCAUGGAUCAGAUAUACUCCACUGCGCACCAUACUGUCAUUCAUCUUGGUUCCUUAACAGAUUGCUACGAGAUAAUCCUGCAAGCUGCUCCAUCCAACACAACUGGCGUUGUGAGCAGACCCACAACUACUGGUGAUCUUGAAAACCUCGCUGCAAAUGGCCUUCUCAGGUUGCCCUGGUUCAGUCGAGUUUGGAUCUUUCAGGAACUGGUUUUAUCCCGAGAUCCGUGGGUUCAAUGUGGGAACCUUCGAGCCAGAUGGACGGACCUAUGCAACCUCUUAGUCGUUCCCGGUUCAGGAAGCUACCAAAAAGGUCGACCUAGAGAGCUUCAAGUGCUUGCAGACAUGAAUUAUGCUCGAGGUUUGAAUCAGAAAAUGAUUGUGCACUUGACGGCAAGGAGAGGGCUGGGAGCAACCGACCCGCGCGACUUCAUAUUUGCUCACAUGUUUUUGGCCGCGGAUACAGACACCCUGGUUCGUUAUGUUAAAGUUGACUAUACGAAAAGCUGCGCUGAAGUCUUUGAAGAUGCUGCUCGGUUUCUUCUUGAGGAAGUUGGACCUGAAGGACCUGUGAAGUUUUUCCCCGAUGCAAGCAGGGACCAACUAAGCAAGAUUGAAGGCCUUGCAUCGUGGGCUCCAGAUUGGAGUCUCUCAUCUUCAGGUCUCGUAUCUAUGUACUGCGAAAACCUCACCAGACGUCUUCAGCUUAACCCAAAAUACCAUUACGCCUUCGUCAGCCGCCCCCUCGUUCUUGCAUAUGUAGGCUAUCAAGUCGACGUUGUGAGUGACUUGAGUUUUGUAUUACCAAACCCGUCCGAAAUGAAUAUCGCUGCCAGAGAAAGGUAUCAGAAAGCUGCGGACGAACUGGAAACUCUCUACGGAGCAGGUGCAUGGUGGUCAGGCGACGAGACUGGGCAGCAUCGCCACGUCAGUCUGCGUGGAAAGGAAGCACGGCAUGAGGAACUGUGUCUGAGUCUUGCAGAUGAGUGGCUGCAAGUCAUGGGCAGUGAUUUCCUCCGCUCCCAGAAAGACGCGGAGGUGGAUGAAGUAGAGACACACAAGCGAUUUCUCCCUCAGCUCAGAAAUUGGCUCGAGGGUCGUGCGAAAGAAGGUCAUAUCAUGGUAGGAAGUGACAGUGAUGGUAUGGAAUCUCUCAUGUGGCUAUAUUUGAGAAUUGGGGAUUAUCCAGCAGUCUUGACGGGAAGAAGACUUGCAAUCACCAAGUCAGGUAACGUUGGAAUUGUGCCAAAGAAGGCCAGAGUUGGAGAUAUGGUCGUUUUUCUAGCUGGAUCCUAUGUCUCGGUCGUCCUGCGACCAGAUCCCGAAGAUCCAACUGAAGAUCUCAAGCGUGAAAUUAAGACCGCUUUCGAAGCGAAAAAGGGUGUUCAAGAUGAUCCUAGAAGAGGCGCCAGGCUGGCUUGUGACAUGGAAAAUUUGCCGAUCAAGAAAUGUAUAUUGGUUGGCGAAUCUUAUGUCGAAUCUGAGGUGGGGUGGAAGUAUUACGAAGGUCAGGCGGAUAAUUACACAGUGUACGCUCUUCGUUGAAUGCAUUUUGUCGAAAACUACGCGAGGAAUAUGGGCUCAGAGGCGUUAAGUUCCAAACCAAGGUGGAGGCACGAAAUCACCCGCAGUAUCAGUCAAC